CCAUUUUCACCCCACCGGCCUUUGCAUUCUCGACGUCUUCUCGUUACAUCUCGUCCAACCAAUCUCGAACACUGUCAGCACAACGAUGGCCUGAUUUCAUGAGAGGUCUUUGCUGCAAACCUCCUCGUCCGACGCAAAGAUUGGAACCUAGCCAAACAUCGCCCCUUCUAACAAGUAUGGCCUUGUGCACGCCGUUGUUCGCUCUUGUUGACGCUACUUCGCAUCAUCACUACCAGUGGCAUUUCUUGCAAUUGUACCUAUGCUCCAAACUCGCCUGUGUACGGAAGCAAGUUUUGAAGUACCCAAGUCAUUUGAGCCCAGCCGAACUCCUCUUGAGCAGAAUGAAGGAGCUCAGAAGUGAGAUUCUUUCAAAAGGUCAACUCAAACAUUUCUUCCCCGGACUACGAUCGACGUAGGAAACGUUGAGUCCAUGUCUGACCUUAUCAACAACCGAGAACCAAAGCCAGUGCCUUGCCAAUGUCUCC